AUGUUCCAGGCGCACGAAGCCCAAUCCUCGCAGUUUCAGGUCACUAAGCACGCCCCCCAGACCAUUCAAGCCGAAAAGGUUGCGGACGGCGUUCUUGACCAUGCCUCAGAUAGAAUCAGUCAGAGUAUGGGAAACGACAAAGGCUCGACGGCUCCUGUGCCCCAGCUGACCCGUUUGAUUCGUGAUAGUAGAGGCAAGUACAUGUUCAUCGGCGAUUCAGCAAAUCUUGCCUUUUUACAAAAUAUUCGAAGGCUUGUGGAAGCGUCUAUAGGAACCUGUGCUUUCACAGAAGAUCCUUUACGGCACAUGAUGGUUGAGGACAUACCCCAACCUCAGGGGCAGGGACAUUGGCUGGACUCCCAAAGGAAUGAAGCCGUCUUGAAGCCGACACUGGAAGAGGCGACUGCACUUAUCAGACAGUAUAUGUUCACGACGAAUUGUGUCCUUGAUCUUUUUGACGAGUCGGAUCUGCUGGCAUAUCUCCCCCAAUGGAUUGACGGCACCUCGGACCAAACCGAUUCCUACGGAUCCAUCUACUACCUCGUCCUUGCCAUAGGGGCUCAGACUUCAGCGGAGGAUAAGGAUGACCUCGCAGAAAUGUAUUUCAAUCAUGGACGCUAUUUAACAGCCUUGCUAUACAUGGAAGAACCGAGUCUCCUUUCAGUGCAGUCUCAUGUUCUGAUUGCUAUGUACAUGUUAGGGGCGUCAAGGCGAAACGCUGCUUUCAUGCAGCUCGGCACAGCCGCAAGAGCAGCUCAUGCCUUGGGACUUCACAAAAAGGACGUCGCCGACCUGUUUGCCGAGUCGGAACGCAGAACUAGGGAAAGAACUUGGAAAGUACUUCGCGUUCUGGAUAGCUUUAUGAGUUCUUCUUUGGGAAGACCGUAUUCCACCUCGGAGACCAGGGACACCACAAAAAGGGAAAAUUAUUCCGCAGCGGUGAAUCUUUGCUCCAUUUUCGAACACAUCGAGACCGAAGUGUACGCUAAGAGGAUGGUCAGUACGGAAGCUGUCCAAAGGAUCAGCAAAGAGCAUCGAUACUGGACAGCGCUGUUCCAGCAAGGCCUGAAAGAAGAUGGCAUCAGCCCAGAAGAGAGGCUCCCUGGAGGGCUCCCGAAUAUUGGUCUCAUUCAUUUGAAAGAGGCAUACUACUGGUCGAUUAUCCUUCUCACGAGGCCUUUCCUACUCGAUUAUGUUUCGGUAAGCAUCGAAGAAAUGAGAGACUCCAAUACCAAAACAGCGACACAUGCCACUCGUUCGUCGAAUCAGACAUUGGUUGAUGCCUGCGUCGAUUCUGCCGUACGAUCGAUUAAUUUGCUAACUGUCCUCCACAACUGCAAACACGUUCCGAAACGACUCCCUUUCGUGGUUAACUCGGUUUUUGUGGCCGCUAUGAUCACGGGAAUUGCUUUCUUCGGGAACCUUGACAGAUCUUUUCCAUUAAAAAAGGCACUUGAGGACGCACAAGCCGCUUUGCGACUGCUCUCGCCGCAUGAUACACUCGCCCAGAGACAUCUUGUUAUCAUCGAAUUCCUUCAAGCAGCAUGCCAUAUCUACAUCGAACGGAGAGAUCGUCAGAAGAUGGUCGGUCACAGGAGAGCAAUCGGGAGCAUUUUUGGUGUACUUCAUGAGCAGCAGAACAUAUCGUUGGCUUCUAGCUCUGCUAGGCCGGUCAUGGAAUCUACAUCUACAUCGUCUGACCCUGUUGCGAGAGAAAUCGACAACAGUGGCCAGAAAAGUCUGCCCGGGAAUCAAACUGACUUCAAGCCAUAUGAGACCACUUUGCAAUCCACGCAGUUUCCUGGCCAGUCACCCUGGAUAUCGGAGCAAAAUCAUGGGUUUACUCUAACUGAAGGAGCCAACGACAUGCCUUUUGGAGGAUUCGAAGCAUUCAGCGAUCAGGUCUUGGACUUCUCUCCGCGUACACUGUGGUUUGACACGUACGAGGAGAAUAAUCCUUUAUGGCAACUCCAAGGUUUCUUAGACUCGUCCAAUCCGGCAGAUAUGCCCUUGCCCGAACUGUAGGAUUGGCAGGGUGAAUGACGCAAAGGUGCUCGAGUGAUGCCCUCAGCAUGUAGGGAGGGUUCACAAUUUUAUACCCUUCGAGAGAAC